CCUAGGUGAGCAGAUCUAUGUCCCUGCAGCCAGGAACCAAGCCCGGACAGUGAAGGAGCUCUGCACACUUCCUUCCACCAGCUCAUCCAGGAGCAGAGCAGCUUGGUAGAGGCGAGUCUGGAGCUGGAGAUGCAGGCAAGGAACAGAGAGUGCGUGGCUGUCCCAGAUGCCUGUGCUGUGACCUGGCUGGAGCCCAGGCAGGGCAGGCGGCACCCCAGCUACCCCUCCACCUGCCUGCAGAUCCUGGCUAGCAUGCCCAGUCGCACAAUUGGACGUAGCCGUGGGGCCAUCAUCUCCCAGUACUACAACCGCACCGCACGACUACGGCGCCGGAGCAGCCGCCCCCCGCUGCAGCAGCUCAGACACACAGCACGGCCCAGCCUGCGGCAGCGUGACCUGGAGACUGACCCUGCCACGGCCAAGUUGGAAGACAAGCGGAGCCUACUGGCAAAGGAGCUGCUGAGCCUCUCCCCCAGCCAGCGCAGCCACAUGCUACUCACGGUUCCCCUCAGCCUGGCAGAGAAGUGCACCCUCCGGCAGGAGCUGAGUGAGCAGUGGGAUCUCACAAGGCUGUAUGUCCAGUGCCGUGCCUCCUUCUCAGCCUCCAGAGGGUUCAAGGACUUCCCUGUCCUCGGCUGCCGGGGCCUCUGGUACAGGCUCCUCUCCCUGCUCGCCGCUGCACAGCCUUGGCACUACACUCUGAAGCAGAUAGGAGGCCGCUUCGGCUCCAGUGUCCUCUCCUACUUCCUCUUCCUCAAGAAUCUCCUUAUGUUCAACAUCAUCUCAUUCCUCAUCCUCACGGUCUUUGUGGUGGCCAUGCAGGCUGCGUAUCCGCCUGCCUCUGCCAAUCCCCAGCCCUUCACCGGCCUCGAGCUGCUCACAGGAGCGGGCUACUUCACUCACUCGUUGCUGUACUAUGGCUACUACAGGAAUGCCACCCUCAAUGAGCCCUGUGGCUCCAGCCCCAAUGGCAGCACCAGUCCCCUCACAGGCCCCUCGCUCCCAUACAACAUGCCGCUGGCCUAUGUGUUCAGUGUCGGUGUCUCCUUCCUCCUCACCUGCAUCCUGCUGGUGUACAGCAUGUACUGCUCGUUUUGUGAGAGCUACCGUGUGGGCAGCUCCACAGGAGACCUGGCUGUCAAAGUCUUCUGUGCCUGGGACUUCAAGGUGAUCCAGAGGCGCUCUGUGAAGCUGCAGUGUGAGAACAUCUGCACCCAGCUGAAGGAGCUGCUGGCAGAGCAGAGGUCACGCUCCCGCUCCCGGAGCCUCUGCCGGCAGCUGGGGCACUUCACUGUGCUUCUCCUGGCUUGGACCCUCUCGCUGGGCACAGUGCUGGGCUGUGUGGUAGCUGUGCACUACUUGUCAGAGCACAUGCACAUGGUUCAGCAGAAGCACCGAGCGCAGGGUGGUGGCAAGUGGCAGCAGGAAGCCAUCCUGCUGGUCCUGCCCUUUGUGGUGUCUCUCCUCAACGCCGUGAUGCCCCACAUCUACAACUUGCUGGCACUGUGGGAGAAGCAGGACUCCCCUGUGGCACGAGUCUACGUGGCAAUCUGCAGGAACCUCAUUCUGAAGAUGGUGGUCCUUGGCCUGCUCUGCUACCAGUGGCUCAGGCGGAGAGUUGUCUGCUCAACAGAGGAGUGCUGGGAGACUUGUGUGGGGCAGGAGCUGUAUCGCUUUGUGGUGAUGGACUUCAUAUUCACCCUGCUGGACACACUCUUGGGAGAGCUGGUCUGGAGGCUGAUCUUGGAGAAGAGGCUGAAAAGGAAGCAGAGGCCUGAGUUUGACAUCGCCCGAAAUGUGCUGGAGCUGAUUUAUGGGCAGACUCUGACCUGGCUGGGCAUUGUCUUUGCACCACUCCUGCCAGCCAUGCAGAUGCUGAAGCUGCUGCUGCUGUUCUACAUCAAAAAGACCAGCCUGAUGCAGAACUGCCAGUCCCCGAGAAAGCCCUGGCAAGCGUCUCACAUGAGCACCGUCUUCAUCACCCUGCUGUGCUUCCCGUUCUUCCUGGGUGCAGCCAUCUUCAUCUCCUACACCAUCUGGUCGGUGCGGCCAUCAGAAACCUGUGGUCCCUUCCAGGGGAUAGAAACCAUGUAUGAGUCAGGAAAGACCUGGGUGCAAGUGCUGGAGAAGUCUAACCCAAACAUCACCUGGUUCACCUGGGUCCACCAGCACCUGGUGGAGAACACCUUCCCCCUGUUCUUCGUGUCUGGGGUCCUGCUAGCUGCAAUCUACUUCAACAUCCAAGUGGUGAGAGGCCAGAGGAAGAUCAUCCACCUGCUGAAGGAGCAGAUUGACAAUGAAGGGGAAGAUAAAAGAUUUCUCAUUCAGAGGCUUCACUCCAUUUAUGAGCAGAGAGAGAGACAUGCCUGAG